CCCUUAUUUGUAUUCACUUGUCACGUUUCCGAGUAAAAUUGAAACCAGAGAAGAAAUAGAAAGAGGAAGAGAGAGGGAGCCAAGAUGAGCGUGAUCGACAUUCUGACCCGCGUGGACGCGAUCUGCAAGAAAUAUGACAAGUACGACAUCGACAAGCAAAAGGAUCUCAAUGUCUCUGGCGACGAUGCAUUCGCUCGACUCUACGCCGUCGUCGAUACCGACAUUGGUGAAGCUCUUCAGAAAUCGGAACUCGCUACGAAUGAGAAGAGCAGGGCCUCGGCUGUCGCCUUGAAUGCGGAGAUUCGUCGAACCAAGGCUCGGUUGCUCGAGGAGGUUCCCAAGUUGCAGAGAUUAGCGAUUAAGAAGGUUACUGGACUCACAAAAGAAGAACUUGCCAUCCGUCAAGAUUUGGUACUUACUCUGCCAGAGAGAAUUCAAGCCAUACCAGAUGGGACCGCAAAUGCAUCAAAGCAAAGUGGAGGUUGGGCUGCCUCUGCUUCUCGUCCAGAAAUCAAAUUUGACUCAUCAGAUGGACGGUUUGACUCUGAAUUCUUUCAACAAUCUGAAGAGUCAAGUCAAUUUAGGCAGGAAUAUGAAAUGCGGAAAAUGAGACAGGAUCAAGGUCUGGAUGUUAUAGCAGAAGGGUUGGAUACACUGAAAAAUAUGGCCUCUGACAUGAAUGAGGAAUUGGAUAGACAAGUGCCUUUGGUUGAUGAGAUUGAAACCAAGGUUGAUAGGGCAAAUGCUGACCUCAAGAAUACUAAUGUUAGACUUAAGGAGACAGUUACUCAGCUGAGGUCUAGCCGGAACUUCUGUAUUGAUAUUAUUCUGUUGUGUAUAAUUCUUGGAAUUGCUGCAUACCUUUAUAAUGUGUUGAAGAAGUGAAAUAAUGCAAAUGGGUUUUCUGCUACUUGUUUGACUGUACCGUUGUCUGGAGUUUCUUCUUCUAUUGUUUUGAGGGCUUGCUUGCUAUGUGUAUUUGAUGUUGUCUACAGUUCUUUUCUACCACUGUAUUUCGAUAGCCCUGUUCAGUCUUGGGGAACCAGAAUUAUUUUGCCCUUUAGAUUCAGACUUGGGUGUGUGGGAUGUCUCUGUAUACUGCAUUAAGUCAUGGUAUUUCUCACAAUUCCAGUGAAUAUAUGUAUAAUAUUUGCAUCAUAGUUAUCGUCAA